AUGAUGCUAAAUAAUUAUUUGCCCCCCUCCUCCCCCGAUAGAGGAAGAUCUUCUGCCUUCCCAUUCCAUCUCUCUAGAGUUCCAGCCUCAGUUGCCUUCCAUGUUGGCUUCCCAUUUCUGAUGAAAUCCCUCUCAUCACGGUCCCUCCCUCACCUUUUCCUUCCUGUCCUCGACGCGAGAUCCAACGUUGACUAUUCGACGUCCUUCGUUGACUCUUCACUCCUGUUUGAGGGCGGCGGUCGGACUACAGACGAGCUGUCGAGUUCCGUCCACGUAAGGUCGUGGCAUCCUUCGUCUCUCUUCUACCCUCGCCAUGCCGACAUCUCUUCCCCUGGAUUUCUUCCAGAGAUUCUCACAGGAAGACCCGCCGCCUAAUAGGCCGGUCUAUAGGCGCAUACAGCUACUCUCUCUCUCUCUCUCUCUCUCUCUCUCUCUCUCUCUCUCUCACCUAAAGCCUUUGACCUUAGAUGUGUGGGUCUCAUCUCCUCUCUCUCUCUGUAGUGAAGAACCCACAAGUCAACGGCCACAAACAAGAAGUGGGAAUAUUAUGGCUAGUUGUUGAUUUGAUCAUGUGUCCUCUUGAACCAUAUAUUAAAAACCGACUAGGUCAUCCUGGCUUUUUUCUGAUUUCUACCCGCGUGAGAUUGGACUGGAAUAAGGAGGUGAUUUUCAACAAGAAGAAGACAAUAUCAGGAAAAUUACCUUUUUACUAACUUUAGUUCUUCUUAUCCAUAUUAUUAAUCGCGUCCUUGUUAGCAUUCUGAGCACAUGAUUCAUGGAGGACUCAAUUUUUAUGUUAUGUUUAUUUCGGUUAGCAUAAAUCGGUCGGAUAAUGUUGAGGGAAAAUGGGGUAAAAAUGAAAAUUUAGCCUUGAGUCAACGAACUUCUAAUUCACAUGAAUGUCAGCUUACAUGCUCCCUAUAACCAACCUUUGGGAGAAAUAUCCGUCUGCUGAGUCUAUAGUUGAUGAUAGUCGAUGUGAAUUUAAUCCAGCUUUUAGAUGAGCCGUGUUGUGCAUUCUCAUCAGUUACUGUCCAGAAGGAGAGCUAAAUCUUGCGAAAAUGAAAUUAAUUCAUGUGAUUAGUCCAACAUGAUCCUAUUGGAAACUCUAGAGAGAGAUAGAUAGAGAGAGAGAGAGAAGAGAGAGAGAGAGAUAGAUAGAGAGAGAGAGAGAAGAGAGAGAAGAGAGAGAGAGAGAGAGAGAGAGAGAGAGAGAGAGAGAGAGAGAGAGAGAGAGAGAGAGAGAGAGAGAGAGAGAGAGAGAAUUUAGAGGGCAGUUCGUCUUCUUUCUUGCGGCUCUGA